AUGUUUGCCAGAUUCAGCAAAAUCAUUAGCGAUCUGAAAGCCUUCGGCAAACCAUAUUCAAGUGGUGAUCAAGUUAGAAAGAUUCUUAGAAGCCUACCAACUACUUGGCAGACCAAAGUAGUCACACUUGAAUCUCAGGAUCUGAAUAAGUUAUCUUAUGAUGAACUUCGAGGAGAACUCAUAACCUUUGAAAAGACACAUCUUAAGAAAACCAACCAAGAAGAAAAGAAGAAAACUGUCGCAUUUAAGGCCACAACUGAAAUAGCUGAGAAUGAUAUCGAUAAUGAUCCUGAAGCUCUUCAAGAACAGGUUGCUAUGAUGUCAAGAAACAUGGAUGGUUUAAUGAGAAGAUUCAGGAAUACGAGGAGAGGAAGGAUUCCACCUAGGCGAUCCAGGCAAUAUAACGAACAAGAUAAGAAUGAUGAAAAAUGCUAUGAGUGUGGAAGAUUUGGACACAUUCAAGUUGAGUGCCCAGAUCAAAGGAAAAUCUCCAGAGGCUUCAACAAGAACAAAUCAUUCAGAAGUUGGAGCGAUGAAGACAGUUCAGAGCACGAAGAGAUAGCAAAUAUUUGCUUCAUGAUGACGAUUCUGGAAAACGAUAUGAACAAAUCUUCAGGAUACUGGACAGAUGAGGACACUUCAGACGACGAAUGCAAAGAUAACAAUGAGAACUGUUUCAUGGCACGAGGUGAUAAAAACCUGUUCAAGGAAGUUACAAAAAUAGAUGGAGGAAGCGUUAAGUUUGGCGAUGACUCAAAAGGAAAAAUAAUCGGUACUGGAACAAUUCGCUUCAAUAACAACUGCGAUAUUACUAAGGUUUAUCUCGUCGAUGGACUUAACUACAAUCUUCUGAGUAUAAGUCAGCUAUGA